AUGGGCGCAGACAAAUGGGACGAGUAUUUUAGGAUGUCAGAGCGUACCGUGAGGGAGUCUGUGUACAAGUUCUGCAAAGCGAUCUGUUUGGUUUAUGGGCAACGAUAUUUGUGCAAACCAACUAUCAACAAUAUCCACCAAUUGUAUACGGUGCAUGAAGGCAAACAUGGAUUCCCUGGAAUGCUAGGUAGUAUCGAAUGCAUGCAUUGGAGUUGGUCAUUAUGCCCCAACGCAUGGCGUGGUCAGUACAUGAGAGGCGACCACAGAGAGCCGACGAUCAUUCUAGAGGCUAUCGCAUCACAUGAUCUUUGGAUAUGGCAUGCAUUCUUUGGUCCAGCUGGUGCAAACAAUGACAUCAACUUGCUAGACUCGUCGCCUGUAUUCAACGAUAUCUACAUUGGAAAGUCACAUGAUGUACCUUUUCAAGCAAAUGGGGUAGCAUAUAAGCGUGGAUACUAUCUUACUGACGGUAUAUAUCCUCCCUUGUCUGUUUUUGUGAAAUCGUUUACAUGUCCUAACGACCCGAAAAGGAAAAAGUUUAAAGAGGCGCAAGAGUCAGCUAAGAAGGAUGUGGAGCGAGCAUUUGGUGUACUUAAGAGACGUUGGCAAGUACUAACGGUCGGGGCAAGGUCAUAUGAGGUGAAAAGACGAAGGAAGAGCGAUAUGCCGAUACAACGAAAUGAAGUUUUGCCAAAUGUCGAAGGAGUGGUCGUUGGUACACAAGAGUAUAGGGUGAAUAGAAGAGAAGUACACAAUCGCGACAUUCAUCAGGCCCUUCGUGCUGAUUUGGUGGAGCACAUUUAUAGGGCUCAUAUUCAGCCCCCGCACGAGUUAUCUCACGAUGAUUUGUUUGACGAAUCAGAUGAGGAUUCUGAUAUGUUCGUCGAGAGUGAAGAUUGCGACGACGAGAGUGACUCUGGGGAGAAUGAUGCAGAUGAUCAAGGCGAGGACGGAGACGAUGAUUCCGAGUGA